CAGCGGUGGUUGUGCUGCGUACUACGUGCCGUUAGUGUUCUCACCCAUUGUAUGCUCUCAACAACGUUGCAAAGGAUCGCGUGACUUUUUUUGUUGAUUUUCACGAAAUUUUUCAAGCGAAUCUUUGUAUAAGAUUUGAAAAAAAAAAAAAAAGACGAAUUACGAUGGCGUCGAACGUGGUCAAUUUUUACAAUGGCAAAACAGUAUUUAUCACCGGCGGAACUGGCUUUCUCGGCAUUUGUCUGAUCGAAAAACUACUGAGGUCCUUUCCGGAUUUGAAAAAUAUAUAUUUAUUGAUACGACCGAAAAAGGGGAAGCAGAUAGAGGAAAGAUUGGAGGAACUUAAGGAGAAUUCGGUAUUCAAUAGGCUGAAAGAAGAAAAUAAGACAGAUUUAUUUAAAAAACUGAUUCCUGUAGCUGGUGAUGUUGGACAGGAAAAUUUGGGACUAUCAUCUGCAGACAGAUUAACACUUGUAGAAGAUGUUCAAAUUGUUUUACAUUCAGCAGCAACAUUAGACUUUGAAGCAGAUUUAAAAUCUACCACAAAUAUUAAUUUAUUGGGUACACGCAGAGUUGUACAGCUUUGUCAGGAAAUAAGAGAUCUCAAGGCAUUGGUACAUGUUUCCAGUGCAUUUGUUAAUGCAGUGUUAACUGAAGCAGAAGAACGUGUAUAUCCAACACCAUUUGAUGUGAAUGAAUUACUGAUAAUAGUGGAAAAGUUGGAUGAUGCUACUUUAGAAGCAGAGACACCAAAUAUAUUAAAGGAUCAUCCAAAUUCAUAUACAUUUACAAAGCAUUUGGCUGAGCAUGAAGUUAAAAAUGGCAAAAUUCCUGCAGUUAUUGUUCGUCCUUCAAUGAUAACUGGAGCAUGGAAGGAGCCAGUAGAAGGAUGGACAAUAUCAAAGAAUGGACCACAAGGAUUUUUAAUGGGAGCUAGUAAGGGUGUUGUAAGAAGAUUACCAGUUGCAAAGCAGCUAAUUUAUGAUUAUAUUCCAGUAGAUAUUGUUGUAAAUAAUCUUAUUACUGCAGCCUAUGCUGUCAAUCAAGACAGUGGGAAAGAAUUGAAAGUAUUCCAUUGUACAUCUAGUACAUGUAACCCAUUCAGGUGGCUCUCUGUGGAGUCAAACAUUAAUCGUUAUUUACACAAAUAUCCGUUGCGAAGUGCUGUUUGGUAUCCACACCUUAAAUUGGUAUCCUCAAUAUUCUUAUUCAAACUCUCUGCAAUUUUUGUGCACUUAAUUCCGGCAUAUAUUUUGGACACAGUAACUAAAGUAGCAGGAGGACGACCAGUCUUGGUACGAUUGCACACGAACGUUAACAACUCGCUGGAUCGUUUGAAAAGAUUUAUCUUUACCGAAUGGAAGUUUCAUAAUCCUCGCAUGAUUGAGUUACACGAGUCGCUAUCAGAGAUUGAUAAAGAGCUUUUCAAUUUAGAUAUUAAGUCAUUGGUAUGGGAGGACUACUUCGUUGAUUUAACACAAGGAGUCAGAACGUAUCUGCACAAAGAAUCACCAAAAACAUUGGAAAAAGCUCGUUCCAAAGAUAAAGUAUUAAUGGUUGCUCACUUGGGUUUGCAAGCCGCAUUAUUAGGUUUGGUUUGGUGGUUGAUUAAAAUCGUAUUUGCCAGCACUUGGACCAAAACUGUUUUGGUCGUUCCAAUUACGUAUCUUCUUUUCGAUCAGUUAUAAAUUAUAUACGUAGUUCUAAUCAAACCACAUUUCACAUAUACUUCUACAAUACAUUUCACAAACUGUACUUCAUAAUUCCGUGUUACUUCGAACGCACCAGAAUGUUUGGACAAGGAUAUC